GCUCAGCCGUCCAGUUCGGAUUCCGAUUCCAGUGACGAUGGUGUUUCCGCGGUCGCGAUGAAAAGGGGCUUAUCGUUAGUUACGUUAGAUGGUUCCUCGUGUGCGAAGGCUUUUUGUGGUGAGGAGGCUUUCGAUGCUCAAGGUGAUGUUGCUCCUAAUGGAUUGAAGCGGAAGCUCCCGUUGUCCAAUGGUGAUGGUGUAGUCGCUCUUGGAAUGGUUCCAUGCAGACGUCGUGCUUCCGCUCCGUUCUCUGCCAUUGUUGAUAAUGGUGUUGAAGAACCACCGUUAAAAAGGAAUAAGGGUAAUUCCGGUGAUGGUCGCCGAAAUUCCGUUCCGUUUCGUCGUGUUACCGAAGAUUCCGUGAGGUUGGAUCCUCGUCUGGCUGACAAUUCUUUCGAUGCCAAGCCAAAAGCACAAGGUUCGUGGGGCGAACGUGCCAAUCGUGAUUUCCGGUUUACUCAAGGAAAAACUUUCAAACACGAAAAGACAAAGAAGAAACGUGGUGCCUAUUUCGGCGGUUCUCUUUCUACCGAUGUCUGUUCAUACAAAUUUGAAGACUGA